AGUGCGGGAUGGUGACAGUAGGCGGAGCCGGCUCAGUGUUUGGGCCCGGGGGGCUGAUCCUCCUGCAGCACCGAGAACAUAGGCACUGUUUUUUUAGCGAUAUGUCAGACGGUUUUGACCGUGCUCCAGGAGCAGGAAGGAGCCGGGGACGCGGAGUGUUGGGUUCAGGGUUGGGGAGAGGCCGCAGCCGGGGACAAGAAGCGGUAGAGAGCGGAAAGAUCCCAGGCUUCAGGGCCCAGAGCGGAGGGGAAGCUAACUCUGCGCCGCAUAAAGCGGGAGGACGUCAGCAGCAAGGGCCACUUAGACCACCCCGCACUUCUCCAUCUGUAAUAUCAGAAACUGCAGCAGACCAGACAAGUCAGAGGACGUCCCCUUCACUAGUGCAGAUACCUGUGCAAAAUAAUUCCAUGGCAGGAUCCAAGUCUCAGUCUGCUGAAUCGACUCCGGUAUCGUCUCUGUCAGUUGAUGCAGCAGAGUUCUAUCCCCCAGGAUAUGUGAUAGACCACAAUAAUGUCGAUCAAAAUGGUGAUUAUCCAGGUGUCCCACAAGAGUCCUUUGCAGAAUUUGUACAGCAGUUCUUAAAUUAUUUAACAGAACAGCCUGGGAGCUUUGAAGUUGAAAUUUACAAUUUUUUAGAAGUACUUAAUAACUCAGUUACCACGGAUUGUUUGCAAGAACUUGUUGAACUUGUAUACCAGCAGUCAACAUCUGUUCCAAAUUUUUCCUACACGGGAGCACGAAUUUGCAAUUUUCUUUCAAUCAACCUUCACAUAAACUCACAGAAUGGUAACUUCAGACAAAUAUUACUACAAAGAUGUCAUACAGAAUAUGAAAAACGAGAUCAGGGAGCUAAAGGAGAUCAAGCCACACGCAAGCGCUUCCAUGCCUUUGUACUUUUCUUGGGUGAACUUUAUCUCAAGUUGGAGGUAAAAGGAUCUAACGGGCAGCUAACAAAAGCCGAAGUUCUGCAGUCUGGACUCCGAGAACUGCUAAGUGCUUUGUUUUCCAAUCCUGUCGAUGAUAACCUCAUUUGUGCUGUAAAACUUCUGAAGGUAAAGAUUGUGCUUGAUUGUAAGUAAUUUUA